AUGGAAGUGUCGGUCCUCUGUGACCAGAUUCGUCCAUGUUACAUCAAGUUGUUUGGAUUUUCAGACCGGGACGUAGGAGGCUUUGGAGAGGGUUACGCAAAACCUAGUCUUCUCUCCGCCGGUAGCACAACGUUGAACUUGUCAUUGGCCCUAAACGAUGAGAGCGAAGUGAAAGAUGGAUACUGCCAGCGGCUGUCAAUGUUGGUUCUCGCAUUUGAAGCGGCAGUUGGAUGGCAUGGACUGGCAUCCGCGGCCCUCGGGGGUGAGUGCCUCACUCUACUCGGUUCCGUUGCCUCCAGUCGGCGUUUGGCGGAUCUGCUCGUCAAUGUCAGCAUUAUCAACAUGAUUCAGCAUAUCACAACACCAGGAAACAUCGACUAG